AUGAUGAUGAUGAUGAUGAUGAUGUUCUCCCGACCGAUUCCGGCCAUGGUGGCCAAUCUCAUUGAGACUAGCCAACUGCGCAGGAGAUAUUAUAGUGCACAAGUGUACGCGCAGAUACAAGUGCACUCUCUAUUCCUGUCACUCUCAUACUCCGGUGGGACGGCCACUCGACACGACCGUAUUUACAUUGUCUAUGAAAUACUAAAGAAUAUGGCGGCUGUCGUUGCAACAGCCGAUAUGACGAUUCAAAAGAAUUCUCAGAUUUUAGUAAAUGUAGAAGAAGCUUUAGAAGAUUUAAUUGUGGUAACCUAUAGUACAGAAGAUAAAAAAUUUCAAGGUGUUCUGUUGGACUCCAACAAAGGUAAUUUACCUUUUGGUGUGUAUAGUCUUCACCCAGCAUUCUCUAAUCAAAACGAAAAAGCAGAAAGCAAAGAUAAUAAACUACAUUCCGUGAGUCAAAGAUUUACAUAUCAAGAGCCUGAUUAUGAUCAUGAAGACUUACAAAGAUCUAAAAAACAAAGUGGCAAAUCUAAGCCCCCGGCUCGGAGAAAGAUGACAGUGAGAUUACGACCUAGGAAAGUAGUAUGUUCAAAUUGCAAAGGGAUUUGCAAUGAAAAUAGUGAAAAUGUAGACGUGUCCAAGAAGCGCAAAUUAGACUCGGAUGACGAUACGCCCAAAGACGGUUCUGAGUCAUCGAAAUUAGAAAAGAAAUAUCUGAUGGGAAGUAUGCUAAUACCUAAGCUGUCCAGGCUAGAGCCAAGUGAAAUAACAAAUGCUAUAAAAUCAAAAAGUGUUACCAAGCCAGGUGAAAGAGCGAGAAGUAUAAAAAAUACGAAACCAUGUGAUGAUAGUGAAAAAACUACUAGGGAGUUGGCCUUUGUUAGUGUUUCCGAUAAUAGUGAUUUAGUUGACAAAGAAGAUUGUAAAGACAGUGACAAUUCUUUUAGUAACUUAUUUUCCAAUGCUAGGACACUCAAAAUUUGUUUUGGUGAAGGCGAGGGUACUGUUGUUAAAAUACCUCCAUUAGGUGGUGAUUUUAAUGAAGAUUCUGGUGUUUCCUGUGAUAUGUCUAAACCUACAAAAGCUGUAAAAAAAGCAUUGAAAAAGGCAAAAAAACAGGCUAAAAAGAACAAUACUACAGAAAAAGAUGAUGAUUUAUGGAUAGAUCAGUCACCAAAACAUAUUGGAGCACUGUCACCUCGAAACAAUGUAUCAAACAGUGCAUCAAUUGAUCCUUUAGAAAAGAAACACAAACAUAAAGUAAAACAUAAAAAAAAGCAUAGGAUUCAAAAGAAAAGGGAUGAAAAUACAAGUAAAUGUGAUUCAAUAGACUAUUUUAGUAAUAUUAAAGACCAUUGCUUGAAACAGAAAUUAUCAAUUAGCUUGCGUAGGUUAAGCAGCAAUUCUUAUGAACGUAGAAAUGAAGAAGGUUCUGAUGAUGGGGAAAUUGAAACAGUUCCUGACUUCCCAGAAAGUUCUGAAGGAGUUGGUGGGAAAUUACUAAGGGUGUCCCCAGGUGAUAUUGUAUGGGGUAAAGUAGUUGGUUUCCCAUGGUGGCCAGGCAGGGUUUUAAGCGUGACACCAACUUCAAGAGCUCAUGUUGCUUGGUAUGCUUCAACUACAUCAUCUCUAAUGCCAUGCGACAGUUUAAGUCCUUUUUUGGAAGAUUACAAGAUAAGAUUCAACAAAAAGAAAAGGGGUCCAUAUAAAGAGGCUGUGAAACAAGCGACUAUAGAAGCAAGACAAAUGGAAACUCAUGUAGAUCCUUUAGCAAGUCCUACCCAUAAUCUUGCGACUGUCUCACCCCACCCUAUUGAUGUGUUCUCC